UACGUGACACUGUAGAGCACAUUUCUAUCAACUUUGGCGAUAGCAAACCAUUCCCCUGUAGUUGGUGUAGAGUACACCUCGACGUAAAGGCUUGCGUGGCAUUUGCGUGUAAAACAUAGGGCUAGCCAUGAGGGGAGUUUGUGUAUAUGUGUGCCAGUGAGAGAGAAUCAUAGAGAGAGAGAGAGAGAGAGAGAGAGACGUGGGAGUUGCUCAGCAAGAAUAAGUGUAACUAUUAUUUGUACUUUCUUCGAGUAGACGCCGAAGGAAAGCAGCUGUAUUGAAGCACAACAGGAGUGACUGGCGGCCUCGUAUGCCACCAUGGAGGGACAGCACAGUCAUCUGCACAACCUAGAGGAUCAGAACAAACUCUACAAGCUGCCCGGCGAGGACAACCAGAGGAACAUGCCCCCGUACCAGUACUGCAGCACGCUGGGCAACUUCCGCAUCGAGAAGAAGAUCGGCCGAGGGCAGUUCAGCGAGGUCUACAAGGCCACCUAUCUCCUGGAGGACUACCAGGUGGCCCUGAAGAAGGUUCAGAUAUUUGACAUGAUGGAUGCCAAAGCUCGUCAGGACUGCAUCAAAGAGAUUGACCUCCUGAAGCAGCUGAACCAUCCCAACGUGAUCAAGUACCUGGACUCGUUCAUCGAGGACAACGAGCUCAACAUCGUGCUGGAGCUGGCUGACGCCGGCGACCUUUCGCAGAUGAUUAAGUACUUUAAGAAAAAGCGGCGGCUCAUCCCAGAGAGAACGAUCUGGAAGUAUUUCGUCCAGCUGUGCAGCGCCCUGGAGCACAUGCACUCCCGCAGAGUCAUGCACAGGGACAUCAAGCCGGCUAACGUGUUUAUCACUGCUACGGGCCAGGUGAAGCUGGGAGACCUGGGACUGGGUCGUUUCUUCAGCUCCAAAACCACUGCAGCACACUCUCUAGUGGGAACCCCGUAUUACAUGUCCCCCGAGAGGAUCCAUGAGAACGGCUACAACUUCAAGUCGGACAUCUGGUCCCUGGGAUGCCUUCUGUAUGAGAUGGCAGCUCUCCAGAGCCCUUUCUACGGAGACAAGAUGAACCUGCUGUCCCUGUGCCAUAAGAUCGAGGCGUGUGACUACCCUCCCCUGCCACCUGACCAUUAUUCAGAUAAGCUGAGGGAUCUGGUCAGCAUGUGCAUCAACCCAGACCCGGACCAGAGGCCUGACAUCGUCUUAGUGCUGCAGAUCGCCAGGCAGAUGCAGCUGAGGAUGGACAGCACCUGAGGCAGCCGCUGAGACUCCUGUGGUGAAGUCCACGGACCACACAAACACACAAUAUUUAAAAACAACAACAACAACAACAUCAACAACGACAAAAACAACAUGAAACAUAAGACGCCGCCACCUGGUCUUUCAGCUCCCUCACCCUCCCCUCUGCACGGAACGCGUAAAGGAGACUCCGGAGGGUGACUUCACACAGAGAUGGCUCUCUCUCCACAGCAGUAUGAGUGGACUAAACAUUUCUUUGUUAUGUUUUUAAAAAAUGAGUUUUAAGAGGAGAAAAAGUGUGACGAGGCCCACUUGUGACUCGAAAACAAGUGAGUUGGUCAUAGACAACUGUUUUUAUUGAUACUGCGCAGUGAUUGGCUUUGUGACUGUUGGUAGGGAGGAGUCUUGCCCAUCCAUUGGCUGAUGGAGAGAACCCCGAUGUCUUAGAACAACAACAACAAUGAUGAUGAUGAUGAUGAUAAUGAUGAUGAUAAUUAUGAGCCGGCGGUUAGUCAGGCCUCGCAGACAUGGUUGUCGGAUGAGCAGAGGGGUUGCAUUCCAGACCUGUUUCUCUUAGCUUCGCUCUCAAUCUCUCUUUGCCUUUUACUUCUCUGUAACGCACCUUGUACAAUGGACAGCUUCAAAAUCUGCCUCUUGGUCUACGCUUUUUCUUAUGCUAUCGUGUUUUUUUUCUAAAAGAAAAGUUUACUGAGGUGCUUCACGUUAACCAUGCUCAGUUUAAUCACUUACCUCGGAUGGGUUCAGACUAAUGCUUUUUUUUUUUUUUAAAUGUACAUAUCAUCUAUGGUUUUCUCCCAGAUGUGAUGCGUUUUUAUGACGUUAGUGUGUUUCUUUUUCCUGCAAGAGGUUUUGUUUUUGCCCUAUUGCAUUUUAGCCACGGCAAAUUUGGCAAGGUGGGCAGACAUGCGUUCUGCAGCCUGUCGCUGACCUUAAAGUCAAGGUCACACGUGAACGAACUCCUGGAGGGUUUAACAUGCAUCUGGAGACAGCCAGCAGGUUGACUGUGAAAGUGGAGCACAGACAACAGAUGGAACAGUAUAAGCUUUUUUAGUCUCUUCAGUAACUGUGUAAACAAGUGCCUUGUGAUCCUGGAAAUGGCACAUGGACAUAAUAUUACUUUAGAAUUCUAUGAAUGUUUUUUUUUUUGUUUUUCUUCCUCUGUGGAAUGGUUUGACUUUGCAGGAGGUGCAAGUGGGUGACGGGAAUUUUCUCUUGAUUUGCCUCAGUGUGUUUCUUGGGCUGUGUGUUUUGGCCAAUGGAAAUGCCAUUGGAUGAUUUGUAUUCCCUCCUCUCCUAACAGGGUCUGCCUUGUGUUGCUCAUUAACAGAUAUAUUGAAGGUUCGAACCACUCAUGCGGUCACCGUAGAAGAUGUGUUUUAAAUGCUAUUUGAACUUAAUGCAUUUAAGGAUCUCUUCAGUAUGAACAUCACAUGGUCCUGCUGAGCAGCAGGCCAGGACUGCUCAGAUUGACAUUUGUGGUGGGCACCUUUUCACAGUGGACUACACUGCAGUGUAUAGCCGUUUUCCUUAUUUGAAUGUGCGACUGAUAGGUCUGUUCCUACACCUUAUUCAACAUAAUAUGCACAUGAGGACUAGGCUAAGAUUCUAAGAGGGAAGUGUGAGCACUCAAAAUACUGUCUUUUUGGGUUUCAUAAUUUCACAUUUUCAUUCUCAUAUUUAACCUUUGAAGUAUUUUUUUAACUCCACAUUAUGUUCUGGAAACCACCCAUCUAAAACAGGAUUGAUGCCUUUUCAACCACUCCUUGCAGAUCACUUCCAAGUUCUGAGAUGCUUUUAGUGUCUUCAAUGCAUCUUUAAGAUUUACCCACAGAUUUUCAAUCCUGUUUAAGAUGUGCCUGCAGGGCAUUCCAAAAGAUCAUGUUUGCUUUUCAUGAAGUACUUCAUGGUGUAUUUUGAGGUAUGCUUUGAAUCAUUGCCCUGUUCUAUAAACCAAUGUCUUGUAAGCUUCAAGUUUUUUAACUAAUUUCAUGACAUUGCAUCCCGAAUUUGCUGAUAUUUAGUGCUCCAUUCUUCUCUUUAUUCAUGUUUCCUUAUUUUCAAAAUGACCCGACUUAUCUAGAUUUUACUUUGCAUACUUAAAACACUGAGGCCCUGAUUUAGAAAAAUCCGUUCUCGCCGUCUCGACUGGUUUCUAAGACGUCUCCGUUCAAUAACUAUAGCUAUUAGAUGCUCUCAUUCAUGCAAAUCAAUACAUGCCCAUGGAUCCUUUUAAAUAGCGCUCGCGAAUGGCCAGGAAAUCAGGACAUUUUGACGGGGCGGAUGAAAUUUAAGAGAUUUAAGGGGCAGAACAAAGAUGACCAAUUUGGGUGGGCAGAGCAGAAAUGUGGGUGGGCAUUGCAGAGCAGGUUCAAUUGCAAACGAAAAUCUUUGUAUUAAAAAGAGAUGUUCAUUUUAAGAGAAAAUAGUUGUAAACGGUGUUAGAAACAUUAUGGGUUUCUUUUGGAAAGCUUUCGCCACUGCAACACUAAUGAAGUUAACACCAAAAUACAUGGAUCAUAGAUGUUUGAGACGUCCUUUGGAAUUUAACAAAGUUCACAUAUAAAUGUUCUCUUUGUAUUAUUGUUUGUGUUUGUUUAGGUUUUUUUAACCGCUUCCUUUUGGUGAUGAAAUGCUGUGGAUACAUGUUAAGUGCCACCUCCUUGCAUUUUGUAGUAGAUAUGUACAUGUUUAAUUGCAAUAAAAACGGCAUAAUUCAGA